AUGUUUUAUGGUUGCAAGGAUGCCAUUACAUCCAUUUCAUUUGAAAAAGGAAGUUUAUUAAAAAGUAUAUCCAAGUAUUGUUUUGCACAAUCUGCUUUAGAAUCUGUUGAUAUGAGUUCUUGCUCAGAACUCACAUUUCUAAAUGCAGCUGUUUUCUAUCAGUGCGCCAAGUUAUCAUCCAUCAAACUUCCUCCAAAUUUAAUUCGAAUAGGAACUGCUUGUUUCCAAGACACAACAAAUUUAAUUGAAAUAGAGUUACCAGACAGCGUAACAACCCUUGAUGGCUCAUCCAAACUAGGAAGGACAUUUGGAAAUAGCGCGCUUACACGGAUAACCAUUAGUCGUAAUUCAAAUCUAACUACAAUAGAAAGUGAUGUUUUCGCAAAUUCUAAUCUUGAUUUCUUUUUCAUCCCUUCGUUAUGCACUAAACUUGAUCCAUCGAGUUUAGCAGGUUGCCCUUUGAAUGAAAUAGCUAUUGAUGAGAGAAAUCAAGCAUAUAAAACAGACGGAAAGAUCAUUUAUUCUGGAGCUGAAAAUAAUACUUUGUUUUUUGUUUCAUCAACGAAAACAGGCUCUUUUACUAUCCCAUCUUUUGUUACUCGUAUUAGUUCUUCUGCAGCUCGAGGUGCUAGUCUUAGCGAAAUAAUUAUGCAUGAUGACAUUACUAAUGUAUAUUCAUGGUGCUUUUCAGGUAAUCCAAUAAUAACAUUUUCUUUUCCAAAACAAAUUACUUUAGUCGCAAGUUCAAUGUUUAGAGGUUGUCGUUAUCUAACAACGGUAUAUUUUACAAAAAAUAUAACAGUCAUUCAAGAUUCUGCUUUUUAUGAUUGUUUCGAAUUGAAAAAUAUCGAAUUGCCGCCAAAUUUAACAGAAAUUGGAAACUCAGCAUUUUAUAAAUGCAGAUCAUUGACACAUAUUUCGCUUACAGAAAGUCUUCAGACACUUGGUGAUGGAGUUUUUAACUUGAUAACUAACAUUGAAAUUGACUCUCAAAAUCCAAACUUUUUCAUUGAUGAGUUCGUUAUGUAUAGGGAUAAUAAUCAGACAGUAUUUACUUAUCUUGGUUCUAACACUAAUUAUGAUGUUAUUAUUAGGUCUGAUUGUACUGCAAUUGCAUCAAAUACAUUUUUGUCAAAAAAGUUGAAAAAUGUUUACUUUGAGAACAAUGAAAAUAUGGAAAUAAGAGCUAAUGCUUUCGAUUACUCCACAAUUGUUUCAAUUGAAAUGCCUCCUGGAUUAAGCUUGAUAGGAGAUAGCGCAUUCUCUAAUUGCCAAAAUCUCGUGAAUGUUACUUUUCAAGGUAAUAAGUUAACGACAAUUCCAGAUUACUGUUUUUAUAAUUCUAAAAAUCUUAAAUACAUAACUCUUCCAAAAUCAAUCGAGAAGAUUGGAAAUUACGCUUUCCAAGAUUGCACAAAUCUUGGAGAUAUUGGAUUAUCUUCCUUGAGUUCUUUGAAUUCCAUAGGGAUUUCAGCAUUUAUGUCUAGUGGUCUUACCACUGCAAAUCUUCCAAAUUCAUUGAAUUAUGUUGGCACAAGUGCAUUUAAUAAUAGCAAAAUUCAGGAUCUGAGUAUAAGUUGCAACAUUUCUCAAAUGAUGUGUCAGUAUUGUACUUCUCUCACAACUUUAGAUUUGAGAGAAGGCGUCUUUCAAAUAAGUCUUUUUGCUUUCAAUGGGUGCAAAUCAUUAGAAGGUUUUACUAUUCCAAAAACUCUUCUAACAAUUGGAAGUUUUUCAUUCCAGAAUUGCGAACAACUGAGUGAAGUCAAUAUGGUAACUAAUUGCAACCUUAAGACCGUUGAAGGCGGUUGCUUCACAGGAUGCUUCAAUCUUAAAGAAAUUAAACUUUCACCAGCAGAAGCAAACUUUUCAUUUUAUAAUGGAGCAUUAAUGAACUACAUACAAACAAAGCUCAUUGUAUUUAUUCCAUAUAGUGAAAUCAAAAAUUUCAUGGUUCCAUCUGAAAUGGAAGUCAUUGGAAGCUAUGCGUUCAUGGGAAGCCCCCAACUUAUGCGCGUUUUCUUCAGUGGAAGCAAGAUAAAACGAAUUGAUUAUCAAGCUUUUAAAAAUUGCCCUAAUCUUAAUUUCGUAUUCUUCGCUUCAUCUAAAAUCGAUGUAGCAUUUGGAUCAGAGGUUUUCUCUGGCUGCUAUAAUCUUGUGAAAUGUGGUGGAUUUUCCGCACCAUCAUCAGUACGGAAUACUCUCAUUGCUCAGGGAAUUCCGAAAAUCGCUUUUAAUAAUGAAUGCGAUAUAUCAGUAACAUGCAAAAUCCAACCUCAAUUUAAGAUAUCAACCAUGUAUUUAUUCCCAUUUAUUCAAAUGUUAAUAUAA